ACCACCAAGCAUCUUUAGGCAGCCGUCCCCUCCUGCUCAGCAAACACUGAGCCUAGCGGGGAUGCGCCAGGGCAGAGGAGUGGUGCAGUUAGAGUAGCUAGUCCGUCCCCUCCUGCUCAGCAAACACUGAGCCUAGCGGGUAUGAGCCGGGGCAGAGGAGUGGUGCAGUUAGAGCAGCUGGUCCAGCAGCCGAGGCUCCAGGAAGAGGAGGGACUUGCUGGGUUGCAGCCUAGAGUUGGCUCUGGCUGCAUCGGAAAAGCUGCUUCGCAGUUACAUGUAACCUGCCCCCCUCUCCCUGCCCGUUACAUCGCCCCGUAAACACUGCGAGAGAGGCGCCGAGCGAGGAGCCGCCGCGGCCAUGUCUCAGCCACAUAAAGGGAAGAAGUCGUCCUCCUCCAAGCCUGCGGGGGCUGCGGGCAAGGGGAGCAGAGCGCAUGGUGACAAGAAAAGUGGAGCAUCUUCUAAACCUGGAGAUAAAAAAGGAUCAGAAGUCACAGAGAAGAAGCCUGCAAGCACUAGUGCCAGUCAGCCUCCCAAAACACAUACAAGUGGAGCUGCUUCCGCCAGUAAGACACAGCCCCCUUCUACUGUUGCAACGAAAGCAUCGGAUAUGAAGCCCACUGAAACAAAGGCUACUUCAAGCCAUAGCCAGACCAGUGGACAGCAGUCUCACAGCAGGAAGAGACACAAAGUUCAGAGCACACAAACUGCAAAAACAGAACCUGGAAAAGUAGCACAGUCACUAAAGCCAGCUGAUUCUCAAACUAAACAUCAAUCUGAAGAGAAGCAAAAGGAACCUGGCGGGGCAAAAAGCCCAUCCAAACCUUCUGUAGCGAAAAGUUCUAAAAAAACUAGUCCAGGAAAAGCGGCCACCGGUCAGACUGAAAAGUCAACGCAAGUAUCUUCAAUAGAAGAACCAAAGCCUAAAACUGAAAAUAAAUCACUGGCUAGUGGUGCAGCUGGUGGAGCUGCAGCUACAGUUGGUGCAGUCACUGCUGCUGGUUUGGUUGCGACAGCUGAUAAACCAAGUACUGAGGCUAAAGAAAAUAAAUCAGCAGCUCCGUCUUCAGCUGUUGAAGCUGCACCUACUAAGCCACCUGAAAAAUCUGAUGUAGAUAAGGCCUUAGAUGACCUGAUAGAUACGCUAGGAGGACCUGAAGAACAUGUUCCUCCCAGUCCAGUCUACACUGGCCCAGAAAUUACGGAUUCAUGUUCUUCUGCAUAUAUUGAAGAACUGGGUAAACGGGAGGGUUCUAUACCUCCAGGGUACAAAAAAUUAUUGGAGGGUAAAGGAGAUGACCAAGCUGUACCCCCAGAAAAAACAGAACCACCACCUCAGAAACCAAUGACAGAUGAUGAUAUUGCAGAUGCUUUGUCAUCUGAUUUUACCUGCAGUACUUCUACUCCUGGAGAGGAGAAGACAACUCUUAAAGAGAAGCCAACAGCAGAAGGAGAAAUUGUACAAGCACAGUCAACAAGUUCAGUCAGGAGUUCAGCUCCUCCUAAGGAGAAGAAACCAAAACUGGAAGAGGCAGCAAUAAGUGAUGAUGCACUAGAUGCCCUUGCUGAUACUCUCGGUGCACCAGAACCUGAACCCAAAGAAGACCUUUCUUCCCUUGUAGAAGUCUCAGAGGCAAAAGCUAAAGAGAAAAAAAUAAACAAGGCUGGUGAACGUGAUGAUACAAUCCCUCCAGAAUACAGAUUGAAACCGGCAAUGGAUAAAGAUGGAAAACCAUUAUUGCCAAAACCUGAAGAAAAGCCUAAGCCUGUAAGUGAAUCUGAUCUUAUUGAUGAAUUUUCAAAAGACUUUGUCUGUCCUGCGCCACCUGCAGCCCAAUCUAAACCAUCUAAACCCACCGACACAUCUAAAAAACCUGCAGUUACUGCACCUGCAAAGGCUCCUGCAGAGGAAGUUGUCUCCUCUGCUGCAGUUUCUACUGUGCAAUCAUCAGCUCCAUCAACUACUACUUCAGCUGGACAUGUGUCAGAUGAGGCAGUGGAAGCCUUGUGUGGUAGUCUAGGAAAGAGAGAGCCUGACCCAGAAGAAAACAAAUCUGCUGUGGAUAAAGUGAAGGAGAAAGCCAAACAAGAAGAACGAGAGAAACUGGGUGAAGAUGAAGAAACUAUCCCUCCUGAAUACAGAUUAAUAGAAGCAAAGGAUAAAGAUGGAAAACCACUCUUGCCAAAAUCUAAAGAAGAAACCCAGUCCAUGAGUGAAAGUGAUCUCUUGGAUGCUUUGUCAAAGGAAUUUUCCAGUUCCCCAGCAACAUUACCGUCUGCACCACUAGCUACACCUAACAAAUCCACAGCUGUUAAAUCUUCCCCAGCUGCCUCUGAAGAAAUUGUCUCCUCCACCACAGCUUCUGCAGUGCACUCAGCAGCUCCUCCAGCUGCUACCCCAGGUGGGAAAGAGCAAGACAAUGCCCUAGACCUCCUGGCUGGUUCACUGGGACAAAGAGAACCUGAUCCUGAUGAAAACAAACCAGUUGUGGAUAAAGUAAAGGAAGGUGCUAAAUCUGAACACAAAGACAAACUUGGGGACAGAGAUGAUACAAUCCCUCCUGAUUACAGGCAUAUUCUGGAUUCAGAUGAGCAGGGUAAACCAGUAAAGCCAAUAGCAAAGGAGGAUGUGAAACCCAAAGAACCAAAGAAGCCUACAGAUGAUUCUGCAGCUAUUGAUGCUCUAUCAGGGGACUUUGAUAAUUGUGCAAAAACUCCUCCCACACCACAACACUCAAAGGUGUCAGGAUUAGAGGACAAAAGUGGAAAGGAAGCUGCCACCACGAAACCAGCCACAAAGGAGGGUGGAAAACCUGAAGAUCCUAAAACGGCAAAGGAGCAGUCCUCCAGUUCAAAACCCAAGAACCAAAAAACAAGUUAAAGUUUAAUAUUACAGUAUUGGGUGAUCGGCACAUAGUGUAAAAAGUCUUCAUUCUGCUGGUGGACAGUUAUUCCCAAAGAACAAAAACUAAUGCAAGAGCAUGAGGUUAUUCUGGGUGGUUUUUGUACAGUGUUAUUUGCUGGAGGUUUUUCAUAUCAUUUUUCCAGGAGUGAAUUGGGGUGGUGUUUUUUUCCUAACCAUUCAUGUUAUUGUAUUGAUACAUUUUGAAACUUUUUUUUGUAAUUUCUUCAGUUCUGAGAGGGAAAGGAUGCUUUAUAUUUGUAAGAAGUCUAUUUCAUAAGAACUUAAUAGCAAUUCCAAAAACAGCCUGCAAACUUUUGCACAUAAUCUUCACAUAGUGCCUGUAAAUGUCAAGUAGAGUUCUCUAGGUAUGAGCUAGCAUUUUUAACAUUGCAAAGAAUGCAUUAAGCAUUCUAGGAAUGUAAUGAGUUUUGGUUAACCUUGGCCUUUCUAGGCUGGCUGUAUAAGGUAUUUCUUUGGGUGAAUUAUUGGUGAGAAAUCAUAGGUCAAUCACAGAUAUUUACAGGAUAGCAAAUUAAUAGAUGUAUCAUCUCAUCGUGGACUCCUAAUAAUAAAAUGUCAAAAGUCUGGACAGUGCCUUUGUUACAGUGUAAAAAAGAGUCUCCCCUCUCUCAAAUUAUGUCACCACAACUGUACUCUUACCCUCUUUGUGCCAGGAGUUUCCUGACUACAGAUGCUAAUGCAAGUCACCUGCAUUCCUGGCCAUAUACUGCAAGAGAGGGAAAGGGGGCCCCUGAAACUUGGCAAGAGUCAAAUGAAUGGGAGCUCCAAGUCAACAGAAAAGGUGGCACUUUUGCAAUAAUACCAACUCUCUGCCUCUCCACCCUCUAUUGAGACUCCCAAAAUGGGUGCAGGAGCAGAGCAGAAGUUAAUGCUAUAAGGAAUGGCAUUAACUUCCAUGAACUAUAUUCACACGGUCCCCAGGGAAACAGCUGGCAAAGAGCAGCCAUUCCCUGGCAACCAUGUUGCAAUGCUGAAGAUGAGGAUAAUCUGUGAGCUACUUUCCCCAAUUUCUGUGGGUUUCUCUCUUCUUUGUGCCUCGCAGGAGAGGGAAGCAUAGUGCUAUAAGUGCAAGAUUCUGGUGUCCUUACUCACAAUGAGUAACACUAUAAAUAGUCUCAUUGACUUCAAGGAACUACUCAGUGUGAGGUAAUGGUAGAUGAAAUGUUUGCCAGGGUCUCAAAAUCUGGUCCUAUCUAUCUCGUGUUCCAGACAACCAUUUUCUAGAGAGCUAAUAUGGAGGAUAAUCAGAAUUAUGACAACCUGACAGUCUGUAUUGAGAGCCUGUGUCACACUAAUAAAGUUUUUAGAAUGCA